AUAAUGAAUCUAAAUAUCCCUCACUCUCCCUCCCUGUUCUAACACGCCCAUAUACCUGUAUCUUUACUUGUGGACUAAUCUAUAACUUUUUUCUUUUUACAGCUCAGCGAACAGCAGCUCUUGAAAAGGAGCCGUUGUGACCUUCCCUGACAUUGUUAUAAACAUGACUGUUUAUAAUUCUUGUUGCCGCUUUAAAUUCUACACUUUACUUCUCAUUUUUAUUGUUGGACUUUUCAUUCUGUUUGAAAAUUAUGACGUUUUGAAGAAUAAUUUGAAUAUCCCCAUUGAGGAACGACAGGUGAUGAAACCUAAUGCAACCUUCCGCCAUCCUUUAGUGCCUCCUUACCCAUAUCCAUACAAAUUCCUUAUUAAUCAUCCAGAGAAGUGCCUGAACAGACAACCCUUCCUUGUUCUUCUGGUGAUCGGAGAAAGCCAUGAUGUGGCAACUAGGAUCGCCAUUCGAGAAACAUGGGGAAAUGAAAGUAUCUAUGGAAAAAUUGAAGUCACAACACUUUUCCUUGUUGGAGUCAAUCCUGUUGCACCAGAUGCUACGCAAAAUCUACUAGAAGAGGAAAAUAUUAUUAAUGGCGACAUCAUACAACAAGACUUUUUAGAUACCUACUAUAAUUUGUCACUAAAAACAUUAAUGGGAAUGGAGUGGUUGACCAAAUUCUGUCCCAAUGCCAAAUAUGCAAUAAAAAUAGACAAUGACAUGUUUCUCAAUGUUGAAUUUCUCAUUUACCAACUUCUUCGCCCUGAGUUGCCCACUCGUGAAAACUAUUUUUCAGGUUAUAUUGUGGCUAACACAGGGCCUUUACGAGAUAAGGUUUACAAAUGGUAUGUACCCAAGGAAGUCUACCCUAAUGAUACCUACCCACCAUACUGUUCAGGGCCUGGAUAUGUUUUCUCUGUGGAUAUGGCAAAAAAGAUCUAUGAUGUUGCACAAAUGAUAAGAAUACUUCCCAUGGAAGACUCCUUUAUGGGUGUUUGCUUAUAUGAAUUAAAUAUACCACCAACUAAACCUCCAAAUGGAGUUUUUAAUGGGCACAGGAUUAAUUACAAUUGCUGUGCCUUUAAUAAACUCAUAACAGUUCACCAUUAUGAAAAGAAUGAAUUAAGAAAAAUAUGGCCUCACUUCUGGGGCAAGAGGUUAAACUGUUCAAGCUGAAGUAACCAAUGUACCACUGAUUCAAAACUAUAUAAUAAACAAAUACAUGCUGCUAUGGACAAAACGUAAUAUUCUGAUGCAAGACAAUGGGUUAAAGGGCUACAGGGGCAAAUGUACUAAGUGAUAAGUCUGUUUGUCUAGUCUAUUAUCUAUUUAUCUAUGUAUCUUUCUAUCUAUUUAUCAUCAAUCUUUCUAUAUAUGUAUCAUCUGUCUAUCUUUUAUCUAUUUAUCUAUCUAUUUAUCUAUCUUUCUAUUUAUUGUCUAUCUAUAUGUUUAUUUAUCAUCUAUCUAUCUGUCAUUAUUUUUAUUUUUAAAUCCAGCAUUCAAACUUAGUGAAUCAGGGAAAAAAUUGCUUUCUCUAUUUUAAGUUAUUUAUUCAUUUAAUUGUCAUGCAAAUUGUCACGUUAAAGGGACACUGAACCCAAAUUUUUUCUUUUGUGAUUCAGCUAGAGCAUGACAUUUUAAGCAACUUUCUAAUUUAUUCCUAUUAUCAAAUUCCCUUAAUUCUCUUUGAAUCUUUAUUUGAAAUGCAAGAAUGUAAGUUAAGAUGCCGGCCCAUUUUUGGUGAACAACCUAGGUUGUCCUUGCUGAUUGGUGGAUACAUUCAUCCACCAAUCAAAAACUGCUGUCCAGAGUUCUGAACCAAGAAAAAAGCUUAGAUGCCUUCUUUUUAUAUAAAGAUAGCAAGAGAACGAAGAAACAUUGAUAAUAGGAGUAAAUUAGAAAGUUGCUUAAAAUUGCAUGCUCUAUCUGAAUCACAAAAUAUUUUUUUGGGGUUCAGUGUCCCUUUAUCUUUCUUAUUCUUAGGGCAAGUGGUGGCAAUAUCUAUGUCAGGGUAGAUGUCAUGUGAAAUAAACAGGUAAAUAAGAAGGGAAUAUAUUGAACAAAAAGAGGUUGAAUUGUAGGUAGAGUUUAUAUAGAUGAGGUAUAUGGAGAAAUAGUAAGUUUAUAGGUUAAAGGGAUAGGAAAGCCCAAAUUAAAAUGAUUCAGAUAGAGCAAAUUAUUUUAAGAAACUUUUAAAUUCACUUGUAUUUUCAAAUGUACCUUGUUCUCUUUUAUACGUUGUUGAAAAAGAAUAGGUACAUAUCAUACACUAGUGGGAGCUAGCUGGCGAUUGGUGCCACACAUUUGUCUCUUGUGAUUAACUGAUUAGAUGUGUUCGGUUAGCCCUCAGUAGGGCAUUGCUGAUAUUAAGGAAAUUAAGCAGAUUUGAUAAUAAAAGUAAAUUGGAAAGUUGUUUAAAAUUGUAUGUUCUAUCUGUCCCUUUAAGGUUAUAUGGAGUAGUAAGAGAAGAGGCAGAAGCUGUAGUAAGAGGCAGAAGCUGUAGUAAGAGGCAGAAGCUGUAGUAAGAGGCAGAAGCUGUACUGAUCAACAGGGUAUAUUAUAGGGAAUGGCUGAAUUGGUCAACAGGAUGACUUAUGGCUUAUAUUGAGCAGUCAAAGAAGUUAUAUAUGGAGAUGUCAUAUAGAUCUAUAUUGUAUAUAUACUGUAAAUGUCAUAUGGAGAUAUAAGAGUAGAGAACAAAAUGAGUAGAUGAAAAUGCGUUAUAGAAAACUACAAGAGAAAAUGAUAUAAAGUGCUUAUGAAGAAUUAUAGAAAGCAUAAUAAAUUAUCUCUUAUAUGAUCACAUGUGGAACUGACAAUUGAAAAUAAAGGAUAAUUACAAUAUUUAUAUAAUGUAAAGAAUGUUUUCAGUUCCAGAAGAACCAUCAAUAAAUACUUGCCAAUAAAGCAA